GAGCGCGCGCCUGGCAGCGGCUGUAUGUCCGACCUGCUCGUGGCCGCUCAGUAGCUCUCAGUGGGCCUCGCAGAGCCUUUAAAACAACCCCCCUCCUUUGGAUAUACUGUUUUUUUUUUAACCACUUCAACAAUGUGACGCUUUUGUGGAUACGUGUUUUGGUUUUUGUUUGCCUCUUUGAAUCGACUCAUCAUCGACUACAUUGAUUAUUUCAUAAUCCAUCAGGACCGAUGUAGGGGUAACCGUCCUGGGGGUUUGGAGGGGAUUCCAUUUUUUUCCUUUCCCCGGGAGUGGACAAUAAUAUGUCCAGACGAAAACAGACCAACCCCUUCAAAGUUGACUGUAGGUAUUUAAGGGCCAUUCCACACUACCGGCAUUGCAGGAUUUCAGCACACCAUUAACAUGGACGGCAGGGAUGAGUUCACUGAAGACAGCGAAUGCUGCAGCAACAAUUCCCAGGAAGUCCUCGGACAGGAGAGCAUCUCAGGGCUGUGUUUGCCUCUAUAGAAGACAGCGAUAGUGACCUCGACCACCACGGCGAAGACUCCUCAUCCAACACCUCGACUGACGACCACAUGACGACCAAGAGGACGCAGUGCCACCUGCAAGGAGCGGGAGUCAAAGAGGAAAACGAGGAAGGGUCGGACCACUGCAACAACUUUGUAUGUCCUCUUUGCGCGCUGGACUUCAGCAGCCCCGAGAAGCUCAUCUCCCAUGUCUACCAGCACACUAGCAUGAUGAGCAGCACCAAGAGCUACGUGUGUCCCGUGUGUGGGCGAGCGCUGAGUUCGCCCGGCUCGCUCGGACGCCAUCUUCUCAUCCACUCUGAGGAUCGCCUCUCCAACUGUGCCGUCUGUGGCGCACACUUCACAGACACCACCAGCUUCAACAGAGAGAAGCUGAAAGAUGUCCUGGACACAACCAGGCUGGAGGUCUCAGGUGGAAGGAACACGUGCCCCCUGACCCACUCGCUCUCCAGCAGCCCCAUGCCCAGUCCAGGACCGGGCCCUCUCUCCUGUCACAGACCAGGACCCAGCCCCAGUUCCUGUCAGGGCCCUCAGUCAUGCCAAGUUCCUGACCCCAGCACCGGCCUAUGUGAAGCCCAUCGAAUGUGCCAUGGGUCGGGCCACAUCUCCAGCUCGUGUCAGGGCCCAGGCCCAGGACCAGGACCGUGCUCAGAUCGAGGCCCGUGUGCAGGCCCUGACCAAGGGCCCUCCUUUCCCUCGCUGCCUGACAGUCUGCUAUCUGAAGGACCGUCGCUCGCAUCCAUCCCUGACGCUCUUAACUCGUCCUCCUCAGGUCUUCCCCCGAUCCCGGACAUCCUGAGUCCGAUGCCCGUGUAUCCUGCGGGAGUUCUUCUGGUGUGCAAUAGCUGCAUGGCCUACCAGCAGCUGGUGGAGGCCCAGUCCCCCAUGCGCAAAUGGGCUGUGCGCAGAAAGAACGAGCCCUUGGAGGCCCGCAUGCACCGCCUGGAGCGAGAGCGCACGGCCAAGAAGAACAAGCGGGCGUGCGAGACGGACGAAGAGCGGGAACUGCGCCGUCUGCGUGACCGCGAGGCCAAGCGCAUGCAGCGGAUGCAGGAGACGGAGGAGCAGCGGGCGAGGCGUCUUCAGCGGGACCGGGACGCCAUGCGCCUGAAGAGGGCCAACGAGACGCCCGAGAAGAGGCAAGCCAGGCUCAUCCGCGAGAGGGAGGCUAAGCGGAUCAAGCGGCGGCUGGAGAAGAUCGACCCCGCCCUCAGGACGCAGAUAGAGCACGACCCCGCCGCUAUGGCUGCCCUCACGGCGGACAUGAGCCUCUUCCAGUUCCCCUGUCCUGUGUCCGUCCCUUCUAUGGACAAUGGGCUCUUCAUGAAGCUGCCCUAAGAGGACCACAUUGCCAUCCAUCAUUCCUCAGGCUGCCUUCACACUUGAAACCAACUCUGCUGCCUUUGCCGUGUCACAAUGGCGCCUUUUAAAAGUAUAUUUUAGAAUCUUUUUGUGAAAUCUAAGCUGGUAAAUAUAAACGCCAUUUGACAUCAUGUAAUCCCUUCCGAAAAGCUGCCCAAUCAAGUCCUCAUUUGAUGCAUACGUUGGUCCCGUGACAAAAAUAUCAGCGUAGACGUGAAGCAAACGCACUAAAUUACAGAGCAAGUAUCUUUUUUUUUUUAACUUGGAGUACGGAAGCACGAGUGUGAACGCAGCCUAGAAAAACCAUGUAAUUUAUUGGCCUGAAGAAGCCCCCUUGAUCCGGGGGGGGGAAUGUUCCAUGUUGUACUUAAAGCAUGUUGUAAAGAGAUUUGAAGCCCUGCUUUGUCUUUAGAGGAGAGAGAUGUUUUUGCACAUGAUACAGGAGGGAGGACUUCGUAGCCAUAGACCCCCCCCCGGCCCCCUCCUCUUCCUCUGCCUCCUCACUGCUUCAUCAACUUGACCGGUAGCUCCACCCGCCUCUUCUUCUUCUUCUUCUUCGAGCUGCCGCCACCGGUCCACGGAGUCGUUCAUGUCGGCUCAAACGUCUACCUCAGCUGACGUACUGCUCUGCUAGUACUGCCACUACUUAGUCGGACCGAAAGCGUCACUUCAACCCUCUAGGACGCUCCGUCCGCUUGAGUGCUUCAAACGCGACGCCAACCUCUCUGCCACACUCCACGCACAGUUUGCCGACGUGUUCUGUUCUUGGGAGUCGAUCUGUGCUGCUCUUUCUCCUCACGAUCGUACGAUACACGUUACCUCGUCUCAUCGGCAGUUCAAGUAUGCUCUAAGACGUUGUCGGUACUUGAAUUCCGCCUGACGCUUCAUGGCCGCAUCGUGAAGGUGGGGGGUUCAGGCCUUCCCUGGUAGCGUUCACUGCGUACUUUCCGAACAGCACAUGCACUGUAUUUAUUCAAGCAACCAUCCGAGGACAUAUUUUAGUGUUCUGCAUCCAUUCACCUCAUAUUUAUGCAAUAUUGUCUGAAUCUUUUUUUUUUUUUUUCCUCGUCAAAGUGUAUUUUGUUGUUUUUGUCACAGCCACUUGACACGUCCCCGUCGUGUUCUUUUCUUGCCGUUAAAUUACCUCCAGUUUUGCUGCUUCUGGUUCCGUUUGAGGCACUCCUAGACGUACCUUUUAAGGAGCAUUAAGGGCCACACCGAAAUGAAAAUGCUAAUUACAACAAUAAAGCUGUGGUGUUACCAGAACACGGCUGAAAAAAGGUCAUCACCAUCAGACAGUGGAUCUCAGUUGUUUUCUGUCCUGCCCCUGGAAUGUGUAAUAUUUAUUUAUCUGUACAAACCACUGUAUGAGUUGCUGGCACCAGCAUGGUUCAAGCACAUGUCGGUACGUAUGCUACAUCUACAUGAGAAGCACUGCUUGGAGAGAAGGAAGAAGCUGUGAUUUAAGAAGUGAAUGUCAGAAGUAAAGCCAUCAACCACUCUACAGAGCUGCCAUAUGUUUAUUCAAUCAUUACGUAUUUACUAAAAAAUACUCAUGAUAUUCCCAUUUUUAUUGCUUAAAAUAACCACUUUUUCCUCAUAACACUCAGACUUUAUUCUCACAGAAUUUACUUUAAAUAUUACAAACUGCCCUGCGAUUGGCUGGCGACCAGUGCAGGGUGUACCCCGCCUCUCGCCCAAAAGUCAGCUGGGAUAGGCUCCAGCAUGCCCCCGCCGCCCUAAUGCGGAUAAGCGGCAUAGAAAAUGGAUGGAUAUUACAAACGGAUCGUCAUAAAACUAACAUUUUACUUGGAUUAUUACGACUAUUCUCGUAAAAUAACGCACUUUUUCUCUUAAAAUUGUUACAUUUUACUUUUACUAUGACGAUAAACGCAUAAAAUUGGAACCUUUUACUCUUCGUAUUCCAGCUGUUCUCAUACAUGCCAUUCAUCCAAGUCGUUGGAUUCUCAGGGCAUUCAGUCGAUCACAACAUAACAGUUUUUCUCAUGAUACCGCGAUUUUAUUGGCAUACAAUUUAUUUUUCCUGGUAAUAUUCCAACUUCAUUCCCAUAAAAUUGUAAUAUUCUGUUGUAUUAUGGCUUUGUUCUCAUAGAACAACUCGUUUUCUCAUAUUGUGACUUUAUUCACUUAAACUGACAACUUUUUUCCCCCGCAUUUUAAAAUCUUCUGAUUUCAUUCGUGAAACGUCAAAACUUCUUUUUAAUUUCCUGUUCUUGUAAAAAUAUCGCCUUUUUCAUGAUGACAUCGGUCUCAUCAUACAUCGACUCAAUUCUAAAGCUAUUACAACUUUGUUCUCAAGCGAUGAGGAUUUCGUUCCUCUAAUAUUAUGACUUCAUUCUCUCAAAAUGACAUUUUCCGAUAAUAUUCAGGCUGUGUUCUUGAUAAAGGAUUUUUUCCCCCCUUUAAAAUCACACGUUUAUUUUCAAGAUGUACCUUUUCUUUUAGUAUUAUGACUAUUCUCAGGAAAUGUAUUUUUUCUGACUCUUAAAAUAAUAAAUUCUCUUAUUAAAUUUAAAAAAAAAGUUGUAAUAUGACAGGUUUUUCUGCUACUGCUACACUUGACUAUUUUUGUUGCAUUUUUUCCCCAUUUCAGUGUGUCUCUAAUAUUUCCAAUAGUCCAUCUAGUAGGAUUCCCCCCACGCAACACCUUAAAACUAGGAGUGCAUCAAACUUGUAUGCAUUGUAUGUUUUUAUUUCUCCUUCCAAUGGAAAUCAAUCGACCUUUCACUGAAACUAUGCAGAUUGCAUCUUUUUGUUGUCUUUUUACUUUUGAAUUGAAUUCAGCCGACUUCAAUGUAAGCUUCUCAGGAGACGUAACGGCGAGAGGGCUUCAUUUAGGGGAGCCCCUUUCCAGACUUUUCUGUCAGCACAGGAAAACAACAGGGUGUUACAAUGGUCUUCCUGCAGGCAGGCCGCUUCAGUGUUAGGAGGCGACGCUUCAGGUUACGUUGCCUCUCCUCUCUCCUCACUCUAUGAAUACUGAGUAUUCUCUCUUUUUUGGAAUGUUCAUACUCUUGCAAAAGGAAGUACUUGGGAGUAAAUCUGAGGUGUCAUGGUUUAGGUCUUUUGGUGUGUGCCGUGACUAAGAACUGCAUGUGAUGAAACUGCACUUGUCCGCCAGUACGAGCUUGUCUUCUCAUGUUCUCUUUAUGCCUGCCGCUUCUUUUUUGUAAUUUUUUUUUAUACACAUUUCUUCAACUAUAAUGUUUUUAAAAUGGCCUUUCCGUUGAUGUCUGUCAGGAUUUCCUCUUGAUGUCCAUGUUUACAGAAUAUUGGGCCAACGUUGUCAUUUCGGUGAGUGGCUGCUUCCAGCGUUGACUCAUGUACAGUUGGAACAAUGUGACGAAUGUGCAAAUAAAUAUUGAUUUUACAACCA